AUGGGCUUCUGGGUGCCAAGACCUGAUCUCUGGGCGACAAUCGUCAAAAGCUUUGGGAAUAUCCUUACAGCACAGUUUACCACAGCUUGUGUGCAACAGUGCAAAGAACCACCAAGCCUACAAAGACAAAGCGUCAGAAAAUCUUUCUUGUGUGGAGGCACCGGAAAGUCUCGGCCAGUGGACACGCACUACAGGGAGAUGCAGGUCGCUGAAGAGGCAUGUGCUCAGCUGGAGGAUGAGCUGCUCUUUUGCGAGGACUGCCGGCUCUACUUCCGAGAUUCCUGCCCACAACAUGGCACACCAACAUUUGUGUCUGACCGGCUGGUACCAGAGCGCAUUCCCUCACGGGCAUUGUUGACCUUACCUGAGGGCCUUGCCAUCAAAGAGAGGCUGCAGGGUGGGCUCGGUGUCUGGUGCACACUGCCUGCCAUCCCGCGUGGUUGCAUCUUUGGACCAUUCGAUGGGGACAUCUUGACCGAAAAGAAUGAUUGUACUGUCUUUUCCUGGGCGCUGCAAGAAAAUGGAUCCUAUUAUUACGUGGAUGCUUCCGAUGAAUCGAAGGCUAACUGGAUGAGGUAUGUGGCAUGUGCUUCAAGCGAAGAGGAACACAAUCUGACUGUCUUUCAGUACCGCAGUAAAAUUUACUACCGGGUGUGCCAGACAAUUACUGCUGGAGCUGAGCUGCUGGUGUGGAUUGGAGAGGAAUACGCUAGGACCCUGGGGCUAAAACUGGGUGAACACUUCAAGUAUGAGUUUGGGGAGAAGGAACUGCUGAUGAAGCUGUUUCAAGACCUUCAAAACAAAGUUCCCGAUGGGAUCACGAGCCACGUUAACUCCCGUGAGCAAUACAACUGUAGCGACUUAGUGGCCUCCAUCAUCCAUGCCCACAAGGUCAACCUGCAGAACGGUGGCAUCUGCCACAUGAACAGGGAUGCCCCGAGCACCAUGUUGGAAGGAACCCAGAACCUGGUGAGUCUGGGGCGGGCGCAGAGCCGCUAUUGGACCUUCUUUGGUUUCCAGGGAGAUGCUUUGGGACGUAUCCUUGACAAGACUAAAAUUAUUUGCAAACUGUGUGGUGUCCGGUUGUCAUAUAGUGGCAACACGACCAACCUGAGGCAGCACCUGAUCUACAAGCACAGGCAUGAAUACAAUGAGCUGGUUGGCGGCACCUCUGAACCGCAGAAGAGUGUAGAUCCGUACCCACAAGAUCUUACAUCCAGGACUGUGAAAGGGGUCACACCUCCGAUUGGGAGAACAACCAAGGCCAUUUCGGAGUUCAUUGUGACUGAUCUACUGCCAUUGAAGACCAUCGAGGGGGAGGGUUUUGUCCAGAUGAUGAGUGUUCUGGAGCCCACCUACAAGAUUCCCACUGUUAGUUUUUUUGCUCAGUCUGUCUUGCAGGACAGGCACAACCAGGCGAAGCUGAGGGUGAUGGACUCCAUGAAGCCACUGCAUCACUGCUCGGUCAGCAUUGACCUGUGGAAGCAUGAGUGUGCUUGCUCCUAUGUAACAGUUAUUGUCCACCACAUUGAUGGGGCCUUUGACUUCAAGCAUCAGGUGCUGUCCAGCCGCCCUGUCAUCGAGGAAACCACAGCGGAGAACAUCAAGGUGGCCCUCCUGGAAAUAGCCAAUGAGUGGGGCAUCCAGGAACGAACCUCGUACUCUGUCAUGGUCAGCAAUGUUGACGUCAAGCUGGCUGCCUCCAAGAUGGGUUGGAAGACCCUACCGUGCAUUGGCCACGUGUUGCAGAACUGCGUUGACUCAGCCUUGCAGCAGCCCUCGAUCCUCAGGGUGCUGACUCGGUGCAAGAAGCUAAUGGAGUCCAUCAUCUCCUCACCUUCCUUGAGGGACAAGCUGGGCUCCAGUGAGCCUUUCCUGAAGAUCCAAUCCAAGAUGCUCCUCAAUGGCAACAUGAAGUGGUACAGCACCCACAGUGUGCUGCAGAGCCUGCAGGAGCAUCGGCAUUUCCUUGACGGACUGAGCGAGAGCCUCCAGGAGAAGGGCUUGGCGCUGAGGCUGGAUGACUGGCAAGUGGUCCAUGAUAUAGUGGACAUCCUUAAGCCCCUGGCCAUUGCCACGUCCACCUUUACCAAGGAGCGUUUCUCCAGCCUGUCGCUAGUGAAGCCAGUGAUUACCAGCCUGGUAUACAAGCACUUGGCUGCCAACGAGAGCGACUCAGCACUGGCCCACGAUAUCAAACAGACCAUCUGUGCCGACCUCAAUCAGUGGUACUCUGACCACGAAGUCAACCAGGUCCUCAACCUGGCCUGCGCACUGGACCCACGUUUCCGAGGGCUGGACUUCCUCAGCCAGGCUGAGCGGGUGGAGACCCUUCACGCUCUCAAACGCGAGGCCUCCGAACUGGCACGCCUACACCCGCCGACCAGUGGGCGCUCCGGCCCAGAACUGUCCAGCAUCAGCCCCAACCCGACCAAGAAGCCCAAGCACGACUCAGGCAUCGAGUUCCUGCUGGGAGACCUGUGCAACGUGAGGAGCGUGUCGGCCAACUCUGUCCACCAGCAGGCCGAGCAGGAGAUUAGCAACUUCCAGACCAGUGAGGCAUCCUCCCUCUGUCAGGACCCGCUCCAGUGGUGGAAGACACACCAUACCCAGUACCCACUCCUCGCCAGUGUAGCAAGGAAACUGCUUGCUGUACCAGCGACUGUGGUGCCAGCCAGCUGGAUAUUCACAGAGGCGGGGCAUGGCAUUUAUAGCAAACGCUCAGCUCUUGCCCCUGAGCAUGUGGACAUGCUCGUGUUUAUGCACGGAAAUGAUAAAACUCCUUAAUGUGUGUCUGUGUGUGGAAGGGAAAUCUCAUAUAUUCCUGAACCUGUCUCUCCUUCUGGCUAUGAAGGGUGGGGAGAUGUCUGCCAGUGUUUGCUGGUGUGCUCCCUGGUCCAUCUGACUUGAAAGCAGGAAAAAAACCUAGUUGUACCUGCAUGUUCGCAGCUGUUGAGAAUGUAACGGCCAAUUCUAAGGAGGGAUAGACCUCUGUUUGUAGAAUCAGUUAGUGGAGCAGAACUUGAAUAUUACUGAAAAGGGGCACAUGUUGCCAAAGGUUUUUCAUCUUGCGCCCACCAGGACAGACUCAAGAAUGCCAAAUGUCAGAUGAUCACAACAGUUUAUUCUAUGACAUGUUGAUUUGUUGGCAAGCUGACUCUAAUUUCUGAAGGUGUUGCCAUUAGUGAAAGGAACGGCGAGCUUCUUCAGCUCCUGGUUAUAUUAAAGAAGGAACAAAGCUUGAACAUAUUCCUCCUGUUUGCAGAGAAUGGUCACAGUGUCAGAAUGUGUAUGGCUUCCAGUGAGUAUAAAUGAAUCAUGUUACAAGCUUGAAACUGCUUUAAAUUGGUUAUUAAUUUAGCCAUUAGUGCAGUUGAGACUGUUCAGCAAGUGCUGCCCAGCCAUAUCUAACAGGAGAUAAAAAGCUUCAUAAAUAUGUUUCACCUUCUCAACAAUAUUCAAGUUCUGUGUAUGUUAUGGUCCUUGGAGUGUCUCUGUCCAUAUUUCUCAUUUCAACGGGGUGGGUCCAGAACAGUUUCUUACUUCACCUUCCAGCUUUGAUGAGUCCUUUCAUGUGUUGUCCAUUCCGUUACUGCAUUUCCUAAUCCAUCUACAGUGAGGCUGUCUGCAGUCUCUCCUCGUGCACUGGAUUUAAAAUGAAACCAUAUAACAAUGGACCAGAGUGCAGGGCAAGUCAUGCUCGGACUGCUUCCAAAGGUCACAUCACUUUGUUCAUUUACUGAACACAACAUCUAAUAUAUUGUAUUUAUUUACAUUAUUUAUUAAAUAUAUUUAUGUUCAGGUCAAAUGAUUGAACUCAGAAAUGUGAUCAAGUGAAAGGGGCCAGUGCAAGAAUGAUACAAAGGUUUAUCAUAAGAAUAUAAAACUAAGGCAAGCAGCAAUCAUAAGUAAGAAUGAACUGUGGGAAGUGAAUUGGCUGCUGCAGUGUUCACCAAUAUGGUCCAAAAUGGCUGCCAUUCCAAUGAAAUAACCUCACGUUUUUUUAAACUCCAAUGAGUACAGACCCAACAUUUCUAUUCCCCUUCCUAAGUACUAGCUGUACCAACAUGUACAAGGAGAGACAUACCUCACUUAGACAUGGCAAAUGCUUCUGGACAAAAAGCAUACCAGAAAACUUUCUUGCAGUAAGCAGCAGAUCCUGUCUUAAAUAAUCAUUGAAAUCUGAGUGAUUUUGUUUUUGCUAGCCCAGGAUCUAAAAGGAUAUGUGACCAGGACAGGUGGAUGGACAAGCUCUGCUGGGUGGAACAGCCUCAGAGGGGUUGAAUGGCUUACUCCACCUCUUUUGGCCAGUAACUCUUGUAGAAGGAGAGAGUUGUCGAAAUGAAAUGACUCUGAUAAACAUUUAGAAUUUUAAAAUUAAUAUUCCAUUGUUGCUGCCCGUUUUAAUCAUUUAUGCUGCAAUGUCUUCAAUUCAGUGAAUAAGAAUCUGAAAUUAUUUAGUGACUGUGUCUCUACAAUCAAUUGUCACAAAAAUCCAUCUGAUUCACUAAAUUCCUUCAGAGGAUGAAAUAUGUUGCCCUUACCCUGUGUAGUUUGUAUAUGACUUAAGACCAACAGAGAUGUGGUUGACUCUUAAAUGUCCUCUGAAAUAGACUGGCAAGUCACUCAGUUCAAGGGCAAUUAAGGAUGGACAACAAAUACUGGCCUUGCCAGCAACACCACAUCUCACAAAGGAGUAAAUAAAAAUGGAGUAAAAGAAGAUUAAACACAGCCCAAAAUGUAAACAGGGAGCUGCUUACGGAAGAGAUUUUGGGAGGCCGUAUUCACAAUGGACUGGUGGUCUCUCUGGAGGUGUGGGCUGUUGGUUUAACAUCAUGCUGAAUAAUGCAGAUCAAAAGGGCCCUUGCAUGGUUUGGUCCCAUUUAGAGAGGGCAAAACUAAUUUUGAAAUUCAGGGGAGGUUCAUUCAUCUCGAUUUCUAGAGUUAUAAGGAAUGACUGAGCUUUGGAGUUCAGAAGAUGAAAUGCCAGAUAGGGUAGAUGCUACGAAGGUGGACCCCCUCAUGAGGAGGUUUUGAACUGGAGGCUACAGUUUAAAAGGUAGGAAUCUCCCCAUUUAAGAUGGGAUGAGGAGAAACUUGUGAGGGUCAUUACAUUUGGAUUCUGUACUCAGAGAGUAGUGAUGGUUGACUCAUUGGCUAAAUUAGACAGAUUUUUAAUUGACAAGGAAGUGAGGGUUAUGGUCUGACGGACAUGGGGUCGUAAGUGGGAAAGUGGAGUUGAGGUUACAGUCAGGUCAAGCUCAAGGACCAAAUCUCAUAAUCUUCCAGCUCUUGUGAAUCAAUGUACAUGUGCUAAUUCCCUGAAGUAUCAAUAUGAUAUAACCAUACCUUCUUGUGACUCAGGCUGAGUCCUGACAGAAGCACAUCACUAGCUGUCAAAAAAAAAUUCUGUCCUCCUUGCCUGAAGAUGGUGUUUCAUGGGCUCUUUCCAGAGUGACAAAAUGAGGCUGCUCAGCCCUUCAAGCCUUUAAUGCCAUUUUAUCCCAUCAUGGCCUCAACUCAACUACAUUUACCUGCUAUGACUUCAGUAGACCUCCUUGGGAGAGAAUGUUCUGGAUUUCCACAACCAAUGCUGCAAGACAGAGAGAGAGCUUCUUGAUUUUGUGCCUGAAUGGCCUAGCUCUAAUUGUACUCCAGUUGUUUUAGGUUGUCUGGAAGAAAUAGUUUGUCAUUAUUCACCUCAUUGGCUUCCUUCGCAUAUGAAAAGGGAUUCAUUGACAUUGCGCCCUUCCCAUCAACCUUCUGGAGUGCUGGAGGAAACUAUAGCCUCCUCCCUCAGCCCCGCUGUACUGUACCUUGUUCACUGCCCUGCUGCUUAUGGUCGUUGAUAGUGUGUGGUUAUUUGAAUAUUGUUAGCAGGAUGGUUUUAAACCGCUUGCAUUUUAACUGGUGUGAAUUAAUGGAA